AAACUGUAGAAUGGAGAGGAUAGAACUAAUUCACCAAUCACCAGUACCAGUAGAAUACCAAUUUGGGGGGUUUGAACGACAGAAACUGCUUCAAACUGCCAACUAACACAUUAAUCCUAACCUUUUAUUUGGUGGGUCAUAGAUCAAUGUCCUAUCAGAUGGUCUACCCACAAAUCAAUGGUCUAGAUUGAUGAUUAUCGAAAACUCCAAGGUGGGGACAACAGCAUAGCCAUGAAUUGCCAAAGAUGGAUUGAAGAAAAAUGAAGGGCCAAGGUUUAUAUAUAAUUUCCCGGGCUUAAGGAAUCGUUGCUGGGUUUGCUAAGCUUCGUUCCGGCCGCUGCUACACGUGUCGGUCGGCUCCGAGCAACGACAGCGAUUCUGGCGGACUUCUGUAAGGACGAAAAAUCUUCACAGGUUUGCAUUUGCAGAAAUGGCUACGGGAUUUCUGAGAUUUUGCUACCACUCGAAUUGAAAAUGGAGAUAUGGAGAAAAGAGACGAUUUUUUUAUACAUUCCCUUGCAUUCGUUGCUUCUCUUUUGGUUUUCUGGCAUCCUUUUGCUCGUCUGAGAAUUCAUGGAAGCUGCUCUAGAGCCUUCAGCUUCUCCAUGUGAAAACGGUAACGGCGCCAGUGCCGUCACCGGGAAACUCCCGGUAGGCGAGGGUACUCCGGGUGAAGAUAAAAUUCCGGUGGCUGUGCUUUACGUCUCUGUUUCCGCUCAAGACCUUAGAUCUUUAGACAUGGAGAAGGAGCGAGUGGACGACUCUUCUCCUCGGGAAGUUCUAGAGGACUGCCUCCGGAGCUUAGAAUCUGAGACGGGUUCAUCCAAAGCCAGUACAUCGGAUUCUGAUUCUCAACCCAAUCGCAGAGCCGUCUCCCAUUGGCAGGAAUUCGUUCGGCUGAUAAAAGCUCGAACAAUAAAGCGAUUAUACACGUUUCCUCCAUUCGUAGUUCCAAAGCUUUCAAAAAGGAAGAGCAGAAACACUCGAGCGAACCCCAUCUCUAAGCCGAACCCAACUGAAGAUGCAAGUUUCUGCAGUAUCAAGUCUUCCUGGAAAAACUUUACACUCUCAGAGCUCCAGAAUGCAACCAACAAUUUCAGCCCUGGAAAUAUAAUUGGGAAGGGCGGUUAUGCAGAAGUUUACAAAGGGCGGUUGAAAGAUGGGCAGUUUGUAGCAGUCAAGCGGCUCAUUCAAGGAACACCAGAAGAGACAAUUGGGGAUUUCUUAUCUGAGCUUGGGAUUAUAGUCCAUGUGAAUCAUCCUAAUACCGCGAAGUUGAUUGGAUAUGGGGUUGAAGGGGGAAUGUAUAUUGUUCUACAAUUGUCUCCACAUGGAAGCUUGGCAUCUCUGCUCUAUGGUUCAAAGGAGAAAUUGAAAUGGAGCAUUAGGUACAAGAUUGCUCUGGGAACAGCUAAGGGUCUUAAGUAUCUUCAUGAGAACUGUCAAAGAAGAAUCAUCCACAGAGAUAUCAAGGCUUCUAAUAUUUUGCUUACAGAGGAUUUUGAGCCUCAGAUUUGUGAUUUUGGACUAGCAAAGUGGCUACCUGAACAGUGGACUCAUCACAUCAUACCAAAAUUUGAGGGCACAUUUGGUUACCUUGCUCCUGAGUACUUCAUGCAUGGAAUAGUAGAUGAGAAAACUGAUGUAUUUGCUUUUGGGGUACUACUGCUAGAGCUCAUCACUGGACGCCAAGCUCUGGACAAUUCAAAAAAAAGUCUUGUGAUGUGGGCAAAGCCUUUGCUCGAUAAAAACGACAUUAGGGAAUUAGCUGAUCCUUCUCUUGAUAAUGCCUAUGAUCCAGAACAGAUGAAUCGUGUGGUUUUAUCAGCAUCUUUGUGCGUACAGAACUCUUCAAUUCUACGCCCUCGGAUGAGUCAGGUUGUACAAAUUCUUAGAGGUGAUGAAGGGAGCUUGGACUGCGUAAAACUAUGCCAAAACCUAGGCCUUCAAAGGACCUACUCAGUAGAACUAUUUGAUGCAGAGGAAUACAACUCAACAAGGUACCUGAGUGACCUUAAUCGGCAUAAGGAGAUUGCUUUAGAGUUCUGAAAGCAUUGACAACCGAUUGCGUCUUGUAAACUUCUAGAAAGAAAGUAGAUGUUGUUUUGUCAGGAUGUGUAAAUCGAUUUCUUGUGUAAAUAUAUGAUGCGAUUUUGGAUAUUGAA